AUACAGGAUUAUUGGCAAAUGGAUAAAAAAAUACGGCGACACCUUUGGUUUUUACGACGGGGACGUGCCCUUCAUCGUGACUCAGGACCUUGAUCUGAUUGAGGAGGUGUGCGUACGAAGCUUCUCGAAUUUCACGGGGCGAGGAGGAACAAUGAUGAUAGAAAAACUGCAUCCGCUUAUGUGCGAGUCCAUCAUACACGUCGACGGUUCCAAGUGGAGGAGCACACGAAAAGCCCUGGCUGGCGCAUUCAGUCCAGCAAAGUUGAAGUUGAUGAUGCCUCUCGUUGACGAAUACAUCGACGGCCUUCUUGCAUCUAUGAAGGAUCCGGCCUGUUCAGGUUGCGAGGUGAACAUGGUGAACACAUACAAGCAGCUUUCCAUGCUCGUGGUCGGGCACGUCUCGUUCGGCGUCGACUGCAGAGCCCCUGAAAGUUUCGGUCACUCAAUUGUCACCGUCGUCCGUUACGUGAGCCACAAGAUCAUGGCCGAACCACUGCACAUGAUUGCGCAGAGCACCAGAUUCCUCGGGCGCUUGAUGAAGCCUCUGACUUGGAUUUCACUGCUAGCAGAGAACCACCUCAUGGUGACUCGACGGAUGGCUGAGAUAGUUGAGACUAGAAGAAAGAACUGUUCGUAUCGAAGACAUGACAUUCUGCAGCAUCUUCUCGAUACAGAGUGUGCUGAAAUCAAAACCCGAGAAACAGCCACCAAGAAAGAAAACGGGUGA